AUGCCACUUCACGGCAUCAACCCCGAGUCCCAGCUCGCAACAACCCUCCUCGUCAACAUCCAAUAUCCCCUGGCGAGUGUCAUCCUGUUGUACACAUGGCAGUAUCUAAGCAAUCUGGCCAAUCUCGCCAAACCCCUCGCCCAGGACAUCGUCACAACUGUGUGCGAAUCCCCACUCAACUUUCUCUGCCCAUCCACCUACGCCCAUCACACCAGCAUCAUGAACAUCAACACAAACGCCACAGGUCUCUUCGAUACUUCAUGGGGGGACUUCUCUACUUUCCCACGGUUGAAUCCUAGGGACAGCGAAGAGUCGGAGGACGUCUAUGAUAUGCUCGUCCGCAAAGGCCUCAUCGAUAAUGAUGAAGAGGGAGAAGAAGACAAGUCUAGGGAGACUAAGAAGAAUGACAUUUGGUUUUUGUAUUUUGCUUGCAUCCUGAUGGCGUUUGAUAUUGGUCGAAUGUCGAAGUUGGGGGCUACGGCUGCUCAGGAUUUUGGGACUAAUCUGACUGAAGAGGAGAAGGAUGAGCAGAAGAAGAAGAAAGGGAAGAAGGACAAUGGGAAGAGGAACAAGAAGAAGAAGAAGAAUCUGAAGAAGAAAGAGAAGAAGAAGAAACUCAAGCUCCUGGUAAGCACAAAAAUGACGAUGGUGUUUCGCCCUGCUAAUGUUUUGAUCCUCAAGGCUACUCCCAUCACAAACGAGCUCGAUCCUCUCGUUGCGCAGGCUUCACGUCAGGAUACUCCCCUUCCUGCUGGGUCUGACCCUGACUCUGAAUCUGACUUUGACUCUGACUCUGACUCUCACUCAUACUCAGACUCUGGCUCAGACUCGGACUCAGACUCGAACUCUGACCCUGACAAUGGCUCUGGCUCUUGCUCUGGCUCUUGCUCUGGCUCUUGCUCUGACUCUGACUCUGACUCUCGCUCUGACUCUUGCUCUGGCUCUGGCUCUGGCUCCGGCUCUGGCUCCGGCACUGACUCCCCCCUUGGAUAUCCUGACUGGGACUCUCCGAAUGAGCUUUUUGAUGAAAGCCGCGCCCGCUUUGAUCAGAUUCGCGAGUCGAAAUCACCAGCUUCUCUCUUCAUUCACUUGACUGAGAUUCUAUCCUCCGGGCUAGCUUCAAGCUUGGGUGAUGAGCAAAACCCAGCGGAUGAUGCCUCCGAAACCACUAUCUGUCACUCGCAGCCCGGAUAUCUUGCAGAGGACACCAUUGACGAAGAGCGCUUGGUCUCUUUCGAAGAGCUUGCCGAUCCCCCGAGCACUCCUACCCCUUGCACUUAUACCUCCACCUCCUGCCCUAGCCCUACCUUCAGCGGCACCACUGCCGACUCCCACGUCUAUCCCCUCGAGACAAUCCAUGAGGAAGAGGAAUACCCGCAGACUCAAUCCUCAGAAGCAAUCCUCGACAACUGCCCUACUUCUACCUUCAGUGACACUGCUAUCAACUCCUACGUCUACCCCCUCCUGUCAAUCAUCGACGAUUACCUGCAGGACCAAUUCUCAGAAGCAAUCCUCGACGACAGACCUAUCCCGUUCAACCUCCCGCACAAUCAACCCACCUCUACCCGCCAGGAAGACCUUCAUGCAAUCGAGCAAUCCAUCGACGAUCAGCCAGAUCAUCGAUACUACGUACGCUACAAAGACCCCCGUACCAACACCAUGAAGUCUAUGAUCUUGAGACCGUGUCUCAAGCGGCACCACAUCACAUCCCAUAUGGAUAUCGACACACUGACUCCCCCGGGACUCGAACCAUCCAGGAGAAGGAGGAGGAGGAGGAACCUCCUGAUGGUUUUAUUCGACCCCUUGGUCUUGAGAGUCGAUAUCACAAUCGGCCCGAGAUACCUGCGGUCUCGGCGACGCCUGCACCCGGUGGGGGUGGACAGGGAAGGUCUGGAGAUCUCCCACCCUCCAUUGCAUCUGGGGGGAAUCCACUGGUCCCACCGCCAUGGCAAACAUUGGAAGGCGGAGAUGAGCCCAAGACAGCAUCAACAUCUGAUGCUGUUGGCCGAUCUCAAAUGA